AUACAUUAUUUCACGACGGCUUCAGUCAUUUGAAGUCAGCGGAGGGAUUGCUUUAGACCAACGGUGCACUUUAUUUUAUUAAUUUUUAAAUAAAUAUAUUUACAAAAUUAAAACAAAAAUCAGUUAUAAAAGCAAUAACCACAGCACAAAAAUGUACAAAUACUGAAUUCUUAACAAAUUUGGGACACACAAGACAUAUACAUUGAAUUUACUAUACAAUUUUUUAACCUUUUUUUUUACUUAUUAACAGAAAACCUAUUCUUAAUUAUUUUUUAUCCACUGUUGUACAGCAAAUGUGGUCAUUUUAAGUUUAAAGCGUGUUUCAAAUUUAACGCAAAAUCACAAAGUUUUUAAAUGACCAAUAUUUUAGUGGAGCCAAGCUAUUGGAGUACAGUUCUAAGUUUUCUUGCUCAGCAAUACUUUACGGAUUUACAUGCCACUUGUAUUUUAUGGCAUCCAUCGUUUGAUUUUCGUCUGGAAGCGGUUGAACCGCUACCAUUAAUUAUCAUGGACUCGCAGAAAUGGUUAAACCUAUCUGACAGCAAGGAUGUUUAUGAUUACAAUAGGAAGCGAUUAGAGUUUGAGGACAAAGGAAUCGCCAUCAACGAUUGGAUUUUAAGGCUGACUGUGGCCAUAGAAAGUUCCCACUGUCAGACAUUUUUAGCUUUUCAGGAGCAGAUUCCUGAGUUCGCAAAUUCUUUUUAUCACGCCAGUAUCUAUUCCAUUUGGAGAUCCCGAAAUCGGUUUAUUUUUGUUUACACCGAAGAGCUGGCAGGAGAAAAAGAUGACUAUUUGAUUGGAUACAUAUUUGAAGAUCAACCCAAUAUUUUACUGAUAACGUCAGAAUACCUGAACUCAAGCACUUUUGAGAUAAAAACCAACCGAUUUGUGGGACCGCGAAAUUUUAAUAGAAAACCAGGAUGUGUUGAAUUUUACCUUCUUCAGCGAUUUAAUGCUGAAACCGGAAAGACAGUCUGGAAUCGGGAAAUGGAUAGUAUAAUGGCCGGUAAAAUGAAAAAUCUUGAGGGACGAGAGGUAGUCGUCGGCAUCUUUGACUAUAAACCAUUUAUGCUAUUGGAUUAUGAAAAGGAACCGUUUUUUUAUGAUCGCUCAACGAAUACGUCGGAAGUAACCAUUGAUGGUACGGAGAUACGACUAAUGCUCAUUUUCUGCCAGAUAUAUAAUUGCACAAUUCAGGUGGACACAUCUGAGACAGCAGACUGGGGUGAUAUCUAUCAAAAUGCAUCGGGAUAUGGACUUGUGGGCAUGGUUCUCGAUAGAAGAAACGACUACGGCGUCGGAGGCAUGUACUUAUGGUACGAGGCAUAUGAGUAUAUGGACAUCACCCAUUUUCUUGGACGAUCUGGAGUCACCUGUCUGGUUCCGGCUCCGAAUCGCUUAAUCAGUUGGACUCUUCUUCUGCGUCCUUUUCAAACCGGUCUAUGGUUGUGUGUGAUGCUCUGUUUACUUCUCGAAAGUUUGGCCCUUUGUAUUACCCGUCGAUGGGAGCACUCUUCAAACACCCAAUCUAACUCCUGGAUGGCUAGCCUGCGUUUCGGUUGCAUUAGUACACUGAAACUCUUUGUAAGUCAGAGCACCAGCUAUGUGACUAGCUCUUACGCUCUGAGAACUGUGCUGGUAGCCAGCUACAUGAUAGACAUGAUAUUGACGACCGUCUAUAGCGGGGGACUGGCAGCCAUCCUGACUUUGCCGACUCUGGAGGAGGCGGCCGACUCUCGACAACGUCUUUUCGAUCAUAAGCUCAUUUGGACAGGGACUUCGCAGGCCUGGAUCACGACCAUUGAUGAACGAUCAGCGGAUCCAGUUCUGCUUGGUUUGAUGGAGCAUUAUAGAGUCUUUGAUGCCAAAUUGAUAUCUGCCUUUUCGCACACGGAGCAAAUGGGGUUUGUGGUGGAGCGUAUGCAGUUUGGACAUUUAGGAAACACUGAGCUUAUAGCCAAUGACGCCUUGGAACGACUAAAGCUAAUGGUUGAUGAUAUCUACUUCGCCUUUACGGUUGCAUUUGUGCCUCGGUUGUGGCCACAUUUGAAUGCUUAUAACGACUUUAUCCUGGCCUGGCAUUCAUCAGGUCUGGAUAAAUUUUGGGAGUGGAAAAUCGCUGCUGAUUAUAUGAACGCUCAUCGCCAAAAUCGCAUUGUGGCCUCCCAGAAACCAAAUCUGGAUAUUGGACCCGUAAAACUGGGCAUCGAUAACUUCAUUGGAUUGAUUUUGCUCUGGUGCUUCGGCAUGAUCUGCAGUCUUUUCAUAUUCGCCGUAGAGCUGUGGAGAGGUCUUGAAUAG